AUGGUUAAGAGUCCUAAAAGCCCUGCCGCAGAGGUCAAUGAGUGGAACAAAAAUGACGAGCGCCUUCUUGCUGCAGUGGAACAUGGUGAUGUGGAAAAAAUUGCACCCCUUCUUGCAAAGAAAGGAGCCAGUGCUGUUAAGCUGGGUAGUGAGGGCAAAUCAGCUCUUCAUGUAGCUGCUGCUCGUGGUCAGACAGACUGCCUAGCUGUGAUUCUGGCUCAUGGAGCUGACCUGUCAGUGACUGAUGCUGCUGGCUUUACUGCUUUACACCUGGCUGCCAAAAACAAUCAAGUGGAAUGCUGCAGAAAACUCAUUCAGAGUAAGUGUCCCAUUGAAGCUGUGGAUGGCUCAGGAAAAACUGCUCUGCAUCAUGCUGCUGCAUGUGGGAACAUCCAGAUUGUUCAGCUGCUGUGCGAAAUGAAAGGUCCCGUCAACCUAAAAGAUGCAGAUGGUGUUACGUCCUUGCUGCUGUCAGCCAAACACAAUCAUUCUGAAGUUUGCAGCACUUUGCUGGACUUUGGUGCUGAAAUCAACACUUCUGACAGCGCUGGCAGGACAGCCUUGAUGCUCUCCACAGAGUCCAGUGGAAUAUCUGUGGUUGAAGUUUUGGUUCAGAGAGGGGCUGACCUGUCAGCUGUCGAUUUAGAAGGUCAUGAUGUUGUGCACUACACCAAGUUGUUGAACAACUCUGAAGCCAAAUCUGCAAUCAUGGCAGCUCUGAACAGACAUCCGCAUUUAGAUGUCAAGUCUCCUAAAAGUCCUCAGCAGCAUGAUCAAGUAGCUAAGCAAAGUGAUGAGCGGAUCACAACUCCCAAAAAACGAAAAGCACCUCCACCUCCUAUUAGCCCACUGCAGAGUUCUGGACCUUCUUCUCCUUCAGUCAUUACAUCUGCAAGCACUCCUGCAUCCAACAAAAGUGACACUCCCAUAAAAUUCAACUACAAGGAGGACGAGAUCAGAGGAACAACACUGAAAGAGGAAGUUGAGAAGCUCCACGAAGAGAGAAACAUGCUGCUGGAGACAAUUGAAGACCUGAAACAGACGGUGGAGACUGUGACUUUUCCAGAGCUGGAUACAAAGGUUGACAAGACAGCGUCUGCAUCUCUAGUUUCUUCCCUGCAAGCCAGGAUUACGGCUCUUACUUUAGAGAAUCAGCAACUUGCAAGCAAACUAAAGAGACAUCCGUCCAUCCAAGGAAAUGAGGAGCUGAAGGAGGACAGUCGUCCAAACAGCAUGGCUUCCAACUCCUCAUUCCACUCCACUCAGGAUGAGUUUGAUACACUACCACAAGUCCACCCCACUACCCAAGUGGAAGGAGGAAACCGUCCAGGAGCUGAUUCUGUUAAACAGAAAGAAAACCGCUCGCUUCAGGCUCAGGUCCAAUCUGAGCAAGGAACAGAAAGAGAGGAAGACCGAAGUGUACGCGUGAAAGGAAGAGAGAAAGAGUUGAUGGAGAGUUUAGCAGAGCUGCAGGCGAAGCUGACAGACACUCAAGAGAGAUAUCACCAAGCUAUUGAAGAAGUGGAGGAUCUUAGGGCACAUUUGGGAAGAGGAGAAGCUGAGUUGACCCAGAAACAGGAGGCACACAGACGUACAUCUUCCACACUUGAACAUGAGGUGAAACAACUGAAGGCCCGGCUUGUCCAGUCCCAGUCAGAGCAAGAUAAAGCAGCUCAGCAAAUCAGACAGCUGGAAGAGGUGCUAAAGAGAAAGGAAGAAGAAAUACUGCUUGUAAAGGAGAAAGAACAGAGAGCAGCAAAGAUUGAGGAGCUGUACAAAGAGGCACAAGAGGAAGUCAGGGUGCUUCAGGAAACAGUACGGAGCAUGAUAUCUGUGGAAUCUGCAGCCAAAGACUUUGAAGACAUGAAGGCGAAGAAGGAUGAGGUUAUUGCUGGGUUGCAGCAGCGUUUGCUGGAAAUGUCGCACUCCUACAGUGAAACCAACAGCAAACUGAGUGCCACUCAAAAACAGCUGGCUGAGGCUCGAGCUGAAAUCAACGCAGCCUCCUCUUCCGACUCAGAGCAACAAGUUCAGACACUGAACAGUAAAGUAGAGGAGCUGCAGAUGUUGCUAGCCGAGACUGAGAAGAAGUACUCAGGCGCACAAGAGGACAUUGCACAGCUGAAGCAGGAGGCAGAAGCUCAGGCGCAGAGCUCUGUUGCUCUCACUGACCACCAAACGGUUAUGUCCUCAAUGGGAAAUGUGAUGAAAGGGUUGGAAAGCCAGUUAGAAGCCCUGAGAGAACAGCUACACCAAAAGACCAUGCAGGUGGAGGCUCUCCAGAAGAGGUUAAUUACUGAGGAAGACGUCACCCCAGAUGAGACAGUUUCACGUUUGGAGCAUGACACCAUGCGGGAGCAGCUGGAGGGGGAGGUGAACCAGCUGACGCAGCUCCUCCAGGGCGCCCUGAGGAAGCAGGAUGAGAUGGCUCUGGAGGCGGCUGAUGCAUGGCAGAAGGCGCGGGAUAAUCGCGCAGAGAGGGAAGCCCUGCAGGAGCUGCUGAUGUCGAGGGAAAAAGAGAACCAGACGCUGACCUCCAAACUGGCUGAGUCCCAGAAUGCAGUGGGUCAGCUCCAGCAGCUGGUAGAAAAUCACGUUGCUUCCGAAAGAGAAAAGAACAAAAGGAUAGAUGACUUGUCUCGGGAGGUAGUUAAACUAAAGGACGCCUUAAACAGCCUAUCACAGCUUUCCUACAGUUCCUGUUCCCCUUCCAAGAGACAACAGCAAACCCAGCAGCUGGAGACUCUGCAGCAGCAAAUCAAACAACUUCAGUACCAGCUAGCUGAAUCAGAGAAGCAGCACAAUGAAAUAGUAUCAGUGUACAGGAUGCACCUCCUCUAUGCUGUUCAGGGUCAGAUGGACGAGGAUGUCCAGAAAGCCUUGAAGCAGAUCCUGAUGAUGUGCAAGAUGCCAAGUCAAACCAAGGAGGCCUGUUGAGACACAGAUGAAGUAGCUUCCCAGAAGCAUUUUGUCUUUGAAAGUGAGGACAACCCAACAGAUUGUGCCUGUGGUCAAACCUAGAAUAUUUGUUUCAGGUGUUGGUUUACAAGCGUGUGUUCAUUGCCUUUGCUAAAGUCAUUUGGAACCUUUAUGAUCUUCUACCCCACACACACCUUGCAUUAUAAUGUAUCCUGAACCUAGCUUGUCAGGAUGAGAGGAAACACAUGUUAAUACAAGGCGUGAAUGCAGAUGGAAAGCAGAGCCAGACAGUCUGACCACAGGUGAUGGUGGUCCAGCAAUCAGUUGCAUGAGAUGAAAGGUCCUGUAACUUUUCCUCAUCCUGCUAAGCAAGAAAACAAAAAGCAAUUCCCAACAUUUGAGAUUAGUUGCAGGAUAAAUGGAAAGACCAGCCAAUCAGAUGUUAGGAUUCAGAUACAGAUUACAUGUUCAUACCAGAUGUGAACUGGUAUUGAGAUAGAUCUGUUAGGAAAACGUCAUCGUACAGACUGAUCUACCAGUUUCAGUGUUGUCAUAUGAAUGCAGUAGCUUUGUUCCAUUCUUUGUGUAUGCGUGCGUGCGUGUGUGUGUGCGUGUGCAUGUGUGUACCAGCCAAAUUUGUAAGCCCAGUAUGUACACAUUAUCACUAGACUUGGAAACUGCUCAGUUAUUUUAAAUUACAUGCUGUGGCAAAACUGUGAUAGUUUAAAUGUUUGUGAGUGUGUGUGUGCGUGUGUUUUCUGACACAAACAUGCUGUAAGUGUGCACUGAUCAAUCCAAUGAAAACAAGUUUACUUCUGAUACAACAUGUACUAUUAGUAGUAUCUAUAUAUGUGUCAUAGAUGUCCACAGUUCCCUGACAGACUCUACAUCAGAUCCUCUGUAAUUUUGUUGAACCCCUAAAUAACCCGUAAUGUUUUUUGGCUGCACUCUUAAAAGAAAAAAACUAAAUACUGUUUCUAUUGGUCAUUUACUAUUAGGCAAAAAAAAUGUAAUUAUAAAUAUUACUGAACUGUAUUACCAUGUUGUGUUUUCUUGUUGCUGUACUGUAACGAAGAGGCUUGAUAGCUGUUUUUCACAGCUUCAUGUGGUGUGUGUGAGUGAGAAGCUUUUCCUCGUUUAUACCAAUGCACUGUUUGUUCAAGUGACUUCUGAAUUAGUUUCUUUUCAGAUUAUCGCUCAUAUAAGAGACUGGCUUUAAUGGUUUACUGUAGUAUAAAAGAAAAACAUUUAACAAAAGCCUAACAGUAUGCCCUUAGUAUAUUUGUCUCUAACUUAGAGUUAAGUCUUCUCUCACAAUUUGGUCUUUUGUUAGCAACUUCAUACUUGAAAAGCAUGCUAAAUGUAUUGGAUAAAAUCAAAAAACUGAAGCAAUUUUUUUCCUGAUAUGCGCCUGUAAUUAGUUUUUACAUCAGGCUUCCUUAUAUGAUCUCAUUAAGUUAUUUAUAUUUACCAGCAAAUGUUGUCUUUGUAUCUUUGUAAUAUUUUUGUCUCUGUCAGUGCUCCUCCGUAGGUACAGAAAUACACUGUACGGUUUUUGAAUGCACAUUUUAAGCGUACUUAAUGUAUUUUGUCUGGAUGGGUUUUCUGGAAGCUUCGCACUGUUGUUACUCCACACUCCUUUGCCUUAGCACUGUGCUUAGAGCCAUGGAUCACCUUUCUACCGAACAGCAUUGAACUGUUCAGCAUACAAACAACUUUUGACACUAACUGGAGUCGGGUUAAAUGAAUUUUAUCUGAGUGAGUCGUUUUGCAACUGACUGAAAUGUGUUUGACUCACGAAAGAGCCUUUGCGUGUCUUUAUAUCUUAGCAUGUAAGAUAUAAACUUUUUUUUUUCUCUAGGCCUUGCCUGAAAUGUUUUGUACCAAGAAAGGGAAAACAAAGACACAGCUUUUCUUAUGGUUGUUUCUUUACUAACAAGUUUUGUAGUGACGAGAAACAGAAAAAGUUUGCUAAUUGCAUUUUGCCCACUUUAUUAAAUUUUCAAGAUACUGUA